AUGGUCCCGUUCGUGCGAGUCCUCCUUCUGCUCCUCUCCGGCCGCCCGCUCAGGCCGCUUCGAGAGCCUUCUGAGCCUCCUCCUCUCGAGAACCGCCGAGAGCCUUCUGAGCCUCCUCCUCUCGAGAGCCGCCUGCCGCUGUCGUGGCAGCCGCCGUCGCAGCUGGCGGCGCGGCUCAGCAGCUUUGCACGACCGGACCGCCCGCCGGUUGGAGCGUGCUACGAGCAUACUCUAUGGCUGCCAAUGCUGGGCACGCAGACCAUCCGCCUGACGGUGGAGACGGCUCGUACAAUGCGACUCCUGCUCCAAGGCGUCAUCUCGCUCGACGACACUGUCGCGUACGGCUCGGGCGCUGCAGCAGGCAAGCUAGACAUCACGUUUUCGGCGCCGACGAAGCGAAUGCUGCGCCGCUUCGGAACGAGCUUUCACGGCGCAGACUACGUCAGCCAGGGCGACCGGGCUACGUUCUUGGUCAAGCCUCCGCUCUCGUGGCGCUCAGUCGAGGUGGUGCUCAGCAGGCAGAACUGA